AGCAGACAGUGAUUCUGACUGAGGCAUGGCUGAACCCACUGGUUAACAGAGAAAAAACGGCAGAGCUCUUCCCCGAGCACGCUGAGGUACCAGCUCUGUGUGUCUGUCCAGGCUGUGCUCACACUCUGUGCUUCAGGUCUCAGCACAGGUUGUGUGAUGGACUCCGGUUACGGUGUCACCCACAGCGUUCCAAUCUUUGAAGGCUACUUCUUGCCCCAUGGUAUUCUCCAGCUUGACCUGGACAGCUGUGAUCUUACAGGGCACCUAACAUGGAUUCUGAAAGAAAGCAGCACUUCACAAGUCACCACAGGUGAGGAGCUGCUUGUACAUGUGCCUGAGCAGAUGACUAAGAAUCCUAGUGAGUUGGAAAAAACUUACCAACUUCCUGGUGGCCACAAAAUUAUGGUUCAGAAUCAAAGGUUUCGUUGUCCUGAAACCCUCUUUCAUCUUCCUAAUGUUGGCACAGAGUCACCAGGGACUGACAAGCUGUGCUCCAAUUCUAUCAUGAAUGACUCAUCAUCAGGAUGUUGGCAUAAGGACUCUUCCGCUCCAGUCCUUUCUGGUGGUUUCAGCCUCUUCCCUGGAAUUGCUGAAUGCUUAAACAAGGAGAUCAUCUGCAUGGUCCCAGGUGGUGUUAAGGUGAAAGUCAGUCCUCCUCCUAAUAGGAAGUUUUCAGUUUGGAGAGAAGUCCUCGCUUCCCUGAGCGCCUUCCAGCCGAUGCAGAUUACCGUGACAGAGUACAGGGGGGCUGAGCCUAACAUGGUGCACAGAAAAUGUUUCUAAAAUACACGUGAUUUUAUAACAGAUUUUACUUGACACUUCAUGGAAAAGAACCUGAGAUUACUGCUGCUUGGAAGCUAGCGUCUAGGAGGAAGUCUGUGUCUGUAGCUUGCCUUUUGAAAGUCCAAU